UCACUGCGCGCGCUCACUGCUGUCACCGCACCGCAACACGGCCCAGCCCAGCACCGACUGUUGUUCAUCUGUCAAGAUUUCUAUGAUCCGGUUAAAAAUAAAUCAAGAAGAAAAGGACUACAACGGUGAAGGUCAACUGCUCCAUCAGGCAGUGUCCAACAAUGAUGACAGACUCCUUGAUGAGCUGCUCUCUCAAGAAAAGUACAGAAAGUUCAUCAACUGUAGGAGCGGCUGGGGUAUCCCAAGAACACCUUUACGAAUGGCUGCAUCUAAAGGUCAUCUCAGGUGUCUGCAGGUUCUGCUGGCCCACGGAGCGGAGGUGGACUGUCUAGACGUGAAGGCUCAGACCCCACUUUUCACAGCUGUCUGUGGGAAAUACUUCAACUGUGUUUUAGCCCUCCUCAGGGCAGGUGCUAACCCCAAUGGCAGCUUGUAUAACAACUGCACUCCGGUCCUGACUGCAGCCAGGGAAGGGGAUGUUGAGAUUUUGAAGCAACUUCUUAAACAUGGUGCUGAGGUCAACUCCAGAUCCAAAGUCUUGCUGUAUACUUCAAGUGCCAGUGUUUCUAGUGGCCCUCUCUAUCUGUCUGCUGUGUAUGGACACUUAGACUGCUUUAAAGUAUUGCUUCUCUACGGGGCUGAUCCAAAUUACAACUGCACAGAUGCAAAACUUCUUAGUAAAAUCAAGCAGCCUAAGACCGUGCUUGAAAUGUGCCUCAGACAUGGCUGUGGGGUGGAGUACAUCCAACUUUUGAUUGACUUUGGUGCAAAUGUCUACCUCCCCACUCUCAUCAUAGAAAAGUCCACGAAGCAGAAUGAGGCUGUGGAGCUGCUGCUGCAAGAAAGAGGUUUUCCCAAGUCCCUUUUAUCACAGUGCCGACUUGCCAUCCGAGGAUACCUCCGGAAGAUCAACAGAAUCCAGUCCAUUGACCAUUUGGAAAUGCCAUCAAGCAUGAUAAACUUCUUGCAAUACAAAUCAGUCCCAACAACUGCUAUGCAUCUCUGAAAGCAUAUAUUGUCCCUAUGCUUUUGCUACAUGAAACAUAAUGCUUACUUUUUGCAAAACAUUUCAUAGUGAUGUUGAAAUAGUACAAAUUUUUUGUCCUGCAUUUGAGAAUAUUUGUGUAAUAUAUUUAUUCUCAAUUAAUGUUUUUUCAAUCAAUUAUGCAAUCAUGUUUUUUAUUUUCUUAUUUUCUCCCUCUUCCAUAAAAAAUCUGUCUGUAAUUUUUGUUAUACUGCAAUGUCAGCAUAAAAUAGAAUGUGCAGUAGAAAUUACAACCAUUAAAAUGUCUUGAACAA